AUCUUCGUGCUGUCUCGUUCGCUAAAGCGCAUUCACGCGCAGCAGCUGUGGAGCUGUCCGCGUGCUGAAGACUCGCUCCGUCCAUUGAUCUCAAUACACCUCAGACGCUGACAGUUCCUCACAAACUGAGGAAAGCCUGAAGUACUCGACCAUCAUGAAUACGUCGGGAAACCUUUGAGAAUUCUAGCUUGAGAUAGCGAAGAAAAGUCAGCAUUCAACCUGCUGCUGAGAUGGACGUUCAGACACGUGUGCUAACCGAGUCGUUGAACAUGAUGUCCAUCGUGAGAUUUCUGCAGCUUUUUUACCUCAUGUAAUAUGUUUUAUCUGGAUGAAUGCGUCAUUUUAUAAUUAUGUUAUAACACAAAAUCGUAGAAGCAAAGAGGUACAUCUUUUUUGGAGUCGUUGAGAUUUGUGAAGGACUGAAAGACUGCGAUAUGGCUCGUCUUCUUGCUCUCAGUAACUCUGUCGGACUGUUGCUCUUCGGCAGUGUAAUGUUUCUGGUGGCAGCAAAUCGUCCACCUGCUCCAGUAAAUGUGUCAGUCAUGCAUCUGAGAGCUGAUUCAGCAACAGUAUCCUGGGAUGUACCCGAAGGCGACAUCAUAAUUGGCUUUUCCAUCUCCCAACAGAGAAUGGAUGGCAAAAUGCAGAGGUUUAUCAGAGAGGUCAACACCACCAGUAGAUCCUGCGUGCUGUGGGACCUGGAGGAAGAGACGGAUUACAUCAUUCAGGUGCAGUCCAUUGGUCUGUACGGCGAGAGUCAAGCCAGCAAACGUGUCCACUUCAGAACCCUCAAAAAAACUGACCGCUUCCCCUCAAACAGUUCAAACCAAGAUGAUCCGACUGUCCAAGGCUUGGAUAGGGCAAGACAGCUACAGACAGGCGAGAUGAUCAUCAUUGUGGUCGUACUUCUCAUGUGGGCAGCUGUAAUUGCCCUGUUUUGCCGUCAGUAUGACAUAAUAAAGGACAACGAUUCCAGCAACAGUAAAGAGAAGGUAAAACCGUGCUCCGAGAGAAGCACACCAGAGCAUCACAGUGGAGGGUUGCUUCGGAGCAAGUUCCAGUCUGUACCAUCUAUCAACAUCAUUGAAGUGUGAUGGGAGUAUUGUAGACGUCAGUUACGCCCCUUCAUUGCAGCACCUGCAGUAUCAGGAUGAAAUAUGUCACUCAAAUCUUCCUCCAUCAACAUGCAGUCACAAAUCCACACGGAGCAGCACGUCGGCUGUAUCGUAAUAUUGAAGCUAACGCUCAGCCCACUCAAAUGCAGACUUGGAUGUAUUUAUAAUAAUGCAGUCUACUCAAGUGGUGGUGUGUAUAACAUAUACAGUAAUGCAGAUCAUGUACGACUGUAUGUUUAUAUUUUGUGGCAGUACAAUGAAAGGUGAAAUCCUAAAAGUGAGUAUCUGAAAAAAAUGAUGGAUAAACUUGUUGUAUUUGGGUGAACUGUUUGUUUAAACUGGUAGAUGAGAUGUGUGUCUUAUCCGAGAGAAGAUACAAAGUUUUGUCAUUUUCCCUUGCAAUCUGUAUAUUUAGUUCAACUUUUAAAUACAAUAUCCUAAAUACAUCUAGCAAUAUUUAUUUCAAUAUAAAAGAGGGGUCCUGCUAUAAAGAAGAGUGAUUAAAGCAGCUAUCA